UAUUUUUAUAUAAUAGAAAAGCAAUAUAAUUACUUAUUUGGUCUGUAAUAUUUUUAAAUCGCUACAGCUUUAUGUAAUCUUGAUACCAACCUCGAAUUUGUACCUGCACUUAUUAGAAUCUUCCAAUCUGCGGUAAGCGCGGGGUUUUCAACAAACGCGCGAAUGCUCCAUGAUGGAAAUGUCCGGGACUGGUUAAGCUUAUUUUCGUUGGCUACAUCAUGUUGACUGCAACAUAGGCCUACAUAAAUAAUACUUAUUCCUGAAUAUUUAACCCCAAUUUACACAGCGCUGAAAAUGUUGGGAGGAAAUCGAGAAAACACCUGUGCCCAGUCAUCAAGCAACCCAGAGACUCUGGUAGCACUUGCAGAGCUCACUACGAAAAUGGACCCAAACAGUGGCGAAAGGCCCGUCAUCCGUACAACACUGCGUUCAAAAAGGCACUCCAAAAAUCGUGCACCAUUGAGUGAUAUAAGCACCACAAUUGGCAAUAUCUGUUUAACUGAUGAUGAUAAUCUACAUAGCUCAAGACCCCGAACAAUUAUCAUUGAGGGCAAUAUUGGCUGUGGAAAGUCUACAUUACUGAAGUAUUUUGGCCAGAAGGACAACAUUGAGGUCUUUCCAGAGCCUGUUCAUAAAUGGAGAGACAACCGAGGGGAGAAUAUGUUGGAGUUGUUCUACCAGGAUCCCAGCCGAUGGAGUUUUGCCUUUGAAUCUUACAACCAAUUUACCUUACUGCAAGAGCAUCAAACCCAGCCAAACUGCAGAAUCAAAUUGAUGGAACGUUCCAUUUAUAGCGGAAAAUACUGCUUCAUAGAGAGCCUCUAUGAAAGCGGGAAAUUACAGACUCCAGAGUACAAUAUACUGACAGAGUGGUUUGAAUGGCUGAUUAAGAAAGAUGUUCUUGUCGACCACAUAGUGUACCUGCGGAGCACCCCUGAGCAGUGUGAACAGCGGAUCAUAGAACGUAGCCGCAAAGAAGAGGCUGGGAUACCCUUGGAUUAUCUUAGAGAUCUCCAUGAGCGACACGAAGAUUGGCUCAUCAGGAAAAAGUUUGAGCUACCCGCACCAGUAUUAAUUCUUGAUGCCACCAAACCCCUGGAUGAGAUGAUGCAGCAGUUCAAAGACCUUGAGCAAAAAUUGGAAUUCGAUAAAUUAUGACGUAUAAAGGCUGGUUUAUGCUUGGGGCAAAUGCGAAAGCGAAGCAAAUUUGACAUCAUGGAUAACUUGCAGGGAAAUUUUGCUGAAGUGGAAAUGCGUUCAACUUUUACAUAUUUGUAAUGCAAAUAUUUGAUCUGACGUCAGAAAAUUUGCUCUUUUGGGCUAAGUAUGAACCGGCCGUCACAAUAAGGGGGCCAACCAGUAUACUUCUGUUGCUUAAAAUGUGAUUUUUGGCCCUUCUCUUGGUUCUGGAAUGUUUGGGACAUUCUGAAAUAAUUCAUCACCACAUCACUUUUAUCAAGUUUGGCUAAAGUUCAAUUUUCUUAUGCCAGUUUCCGACCAAAUACGUGUAACUUGUUUAGAAAACAGCUCGUCAUUUGCAACAGACAGUGCUGCACCCUAUGCUGACAGCUGGAACAACUUGCUUUAACCCUAACAGUCCUCAAUCCUUCGCCUGUUGGAGGAUUGAGGACUGUUAGGGUCAAAACCUGGUUGCAGCUCUGUGACAACUUGAAAACCUGUGGCCAAACAUACGUCCGUGAAAGUUUAGAUAACAUAUGGAAACAAUAUGUUCCCCCAUUUAGAGAAUUCCUCUCCUUGCUGGAAAAACUUUAAUUUAUGCCUGUUGCUGUUUUCUGGUGCUGUUUGGUUAGUUUUCGAUGGUGGCAUUUCAUGUUAAAUUUAGAAUGUUGAUCUUGUUACUUCUGUAUGUUAUUGUGUGCAUUUUGUCAAUAACCACUCGUUAACCCCCAUUCUAUAAUAUAAUCAUAAAGUUUGCCAUAGAUGUAGCGAUAGCAAACUUUCAGAAAGGUUUUCUUUUAGUUUGAAAUUUUUUGAUUUGUCAUCAAACUACAACCCAAACAGUGUUCUAAAUUGGCUACCAAUGUUAUACUUGCAACAAUUUAUGUCAGUGACAAGUACAUUCCAUGAACUGUCAGAAAAACAGUUUAGUUAGAAAUUUCAAUGAAUUUCAAAUCAAUUUUCAGGCCCAUUUUUUUUAACCUCUUAUGCGUUUUUAACUUAAUUGAAUACAAUGUAUGUAUUUAUAUAUCAUUUUUCUACUGCAACAUAGAACCUUUUAAAAUGCUACUUGUACAGUUGUGAUAAGUCCAAUAAAAGUUGGCACCGGCAAACAUUACAGUGAACGAA